UAAAUGUCAAACGUAAAUGUGGCAAACUAAACAAAAAUUAAGCACAAUAAACUUGUCAGUUAUAUUUCAUUAUUAACGUUGUAAUACAGGAAUAUUUGACAAACAUUCCUUAAUUUUAAUAUACAUUUAAGUGGUGUAUGAAACAUAGGUGUUUUGAUAUUAGCAGAUUUUCUACCAUGAGUGAUUCUUGGAAAAGAUUAUUAUGUAAAAGCAAUGAGCUUCAACUUACAGGAACUCUCAAUGGUGGACAAAGUUUUCGGUGGAAAUCAAGAGUAUCUGAAGGAACAGAGGAAUGGAUUGGAGUAUUCAAAAACUUACUGUGGAUUUUAAAACAAGAAGAUGAUUGUAUACUUUACAAAGUUUAUGGAAAAGAAAGUGAUUGUGAUCAGGAUUGUGAAAAAUUAUUAAAGGAUUAUUUGCGACUGGAUUUGAAUCUUGAAAUGUAUUAUCAACAAUGGUCAGAAAAGGAUAACUAUUUCAAAGAUGCAGCAAAGAAGUUUUAUGGGAUUAGAUUACUAAAUCAAGAUGUUACUGAAAACAUAUUUUCCUUCAUUUGUUCUUCCAACAAUCACAUUACUCGAAUUUCAAGUAUGGUGGAGAAAAUGGCUAAAUUUUAUGGUCAUAAAAUUUAUGAACUAGAUGAUGAAACUUAUUAUAGUUUUCCUGAAGCAGAAGUUUUAGCGAAUGAGGAUGUAGAAUAUAGAUUGCGUGACAAUGGCUUUGGGUAUAGGUCCAAAUAUAUCUGUAAGUCGGCCCAAACUAUUAUGGAAAAUGGAGGUAAAUCCUGGUUGGAAGCAUUGAAGAAAAUGGAAUACCCUGAAGCUAAAAGUAAAUUAAUGACACUUCCUGGAGUAGGAGCCAAGGUAGCUGAUUGCAUUUGCUUAAUGUCUUUGGGACAUCUACAAGCUAUACCAGUAGAUACACAUGUAUAUCAAAUAGCCAGACGGAUAUACAUGCCAAAAUUGCCCCAACAAAAAACUAUAACUUCCAAAGUUUAUGAAGAAAUUGGAGAAUAUUUUCGUGGAUUGUACGGACCGUUGGCUGGUUGGGCCCAUACGGUUCUGUUUUGUGCUGAUCUCAAAAAAUUUCAAGAAUACAAUAGCAAAUAUAAUGAAAAUUCUGCACCAAACAAGAAACAAAAAAUGAAUUACUGAAUAAACUUUUUUAAAUGGAAA